AUGGCCUACCCCGGGCUGCUCGUACCCAUCAUCGUCAUGACCGUGUUCUGGGGCUUCAUCGGAGCCGUGCUGCCCUGGUUUAUACCCAAAGGACCCAACCGAGGGUGAGUGGGAGUGGAGACACUACUCAGUGGAGCGUGCACUUACUUUACCCUGGACAUAGACAUAGAGGGAGCUAACACCCACUCACUGACCCCCACAGCGCCCCGGGCAUAGUAUCAGGGACCUACUAACUAAUGGGGGGCUUCACAGCCUCCUAGUUACACUCCCCAAAACGCUGGGCAGCGGUUAGGAAAGGGUUAAAGGGAAGACCAGCAUACAUGUUUGUUACAUUUUAUAUAAUAUUAUUGAUUUGUGUAAAGUUAUCUUAUUGGCAUCACCUACCCCUGACACUGUGUCUGAUGCUUCUCUGCUCUUCGUAAAACUUUGGGUCACAGUCACAGGGUAUACAGUGUGUGUGUAUCUAACUUUGCAUUAUAAGGUUUUUUGGGGGGGUUUUUUUUUUUGGGUUUUUUUUUUUAAUGCUUAUAUCUGCUCUCCACAAUUGUUUCCAACUAAAACACUUAUUUUAUUGCCUGAAAUGUAACUUUUGCUAGGUGUCAGUGUGCAUGUGUACCCAUAUCAUCUGUUGUGAUGAAUUUAAUUGAUUCAACUGUAUACUUUCGGGAUAUAUAUAUAAUAUAUAUACACACACACACACACACACACACACACACACACACACACACACACACAUUGUUGUGGUGAGAAGUUGUUGUUCAGUGCAUUCUCUUUGGUUUAUGUUUACGGAUGGUUUUACAAAAACUGCGUAAUCCCGCCACUCAAAGCUUACCCUCUUCGCUCAAGGAGAGAAUUCCACGGUGUUUCUACAAACCAAUCUAAAUAUGACCAACACUCAUCUGUAAGAGCUAGAGGGUUUCAAGCCCACUCCUGUAGCCUCACAUCACCGCUUAAAUUUGUCAGAAAAUGAUUUGGCAGAAAAAAAUUGGAAUGACUGCACAAAACUUGUAGCACAAUAAUAAACUGUAUUAUUUAAAGUCGCUUUAACUUGUAAUUAAGUCACAUGGUAACACCUUUUUAAAACAUGGUUUGGUGUUAUGAGUAUUUGGGGAGGAGGGAGAAAGGUGUGUGGUUUUUUUAUUUUUUUUAUUUUUUUUUACCUCCUUCAAGCUGAAUAAUUCUAAAUCCCAUUUGUUUCUUUACACACUAUCACCAUAUUUUGCUCAUGGCCCAUUGUAUCUUAUUUUCCUUCACCAAAGUUUCUUUGUAAUUGUAGUAGUUACUUGCUGUGUCCACUGCUAGAUUUGGAGUAUUUGACAGUAAUGUGUUCAGCUGCUGUGCCUGCUGAACAAUUAUUGCUUGCCUAAAUAAAUUGGAUCCAGAUAGGUCUCUUGUUUUAUAACACUAUUAUUUUGACUUGAUUUUAAUAAUGUUUUUGUCUUACACUGGCUGUAACCUUUAGGCCUUAAUUGAUGUAAUUGCAGUCAGUACGUAUAUAAGGGGCAUUACCAGAUAAACAUGUUUCUUAAAUAUAAAUGGUCCAUCUAUAUGGUCAUCAAUGGGAUAUCCAAAUCAGUUGGUGAAGUUUUUGUUUAGUUAUGAUUUGGGGCCCUUAGCACUUCCUUGAAGGUCAAAUGACUGCUUUGAAAAAAAGAAAAAGGAACUGCUGUUUUAAAUAGUGAUGGCAUAAGCUGUUCUGCUUUUUUGAUCUCCUAUAUUCGAUACAUGUUCACCUCUGGACAUGUAGGUUAGUUUGUAAUUAAAUACCAUUGUUAUUUUAUUUUUCCGUACCUGGUAUCGGUUUCCUCUCAGACCUCAGUUAUAUUGAGUUUGAACAAAUUUUAAAACUUUGGAAAAUUAUUCCUAGGGUGAGGUGUGACCCUAAUGUGCAGCCUAUCUGUUUGUUGUCAAUACACGCUUGUACGAGUUGAUGCCAGGAUGGCUGUUGGUUUUAUUUUGUAUACUUCAGCAUACACUGGUUUAAACUAGAAGUGUAUUUUGCUUGAUUUUUAUCUUUAUAAAUGCUGUAGAGGCAAGGUCUGGUAUAGAAAACACAAAUUUAGAUUUUGAUGGUAGAUAAAAGCCAAUUAGUCAAUUUAUUCUGCCCAUUUAAAAUAAAUUCUGUUUAGAGUUGAUUUUUGUUUCACGCUAAAGACAGAGCACAAUGUUUUCUAUACACUUUAUUUACUGACAUUACUUUUUGUUUCAAGUCCUUUUGCAUGUCUGCUUUUGUCAUCUAAUCAUUCAUUCCACAGGCAAGAUCACCUUCUACUUCCUUCGAGCUGCUCGUUGGCUUGUCAUAUCCUUUCUCUACCCUAGUGUACACACAAGCAGCAGUAAUAUGUACUAAAGUGUCAGCAUUUGAGGCACAGGUCACAUUAGUUUGUGGGUUUUCAUAAUUGCAAGGGGUGUAAGAAACAACCACUACAGCUAAUCAUGAUGGUGGUUAUGUUCCGUAGAGUCCAGCCUGUGCACCUGUUUGUGGGUUAGCUUAAUGUUCCCUGCCUAUCAAUUUCAUAUAUUUUUGACAAGUUGACAUUGAUAUUACAGAAGUGUUGAUUCCAUCCAAUCACUGAGGCUGGGGUGGUCUCCGGAUGCCAAGUAGAUGGCAAUUUUAUUUAAACUGCCUUUACAUUUAGAUAUAAAACUGUGUGAUGUACUCAUAGACUCAAGGAAACUAAAACAACACAUACAGCUUGGAGUAGAGUUUUUAAGUGUUCCUUUAAUUCACUCAACUAUGUAUUUUGAACUGCCAUUAUAGGUAAUGUUUUGGCCUAGAUCUUGCAACACACUGAUUAAACUAGAGUUGGAGAAUUACCCCAACUUCCUCUGUUUUUGCUUACUUGUACAUGUUUAAUUUUGGAAUAUUGACUAUAGACCAGUAUUAAGCUUCAGCUAGCUACAGAAAACCUUUCACUAUGUUUCUUGCUAUUGUGCAUUCCGUUUAUAUGCUUUAGUUGCCUCUUCGUAAAUGUUAAUCAUAUAUUCCAUAAACCUAUGAUGUAUAGCCUGGCUUCAGAUUUAAGCUAAAUCAUUCUUCUAGAUGAGGGGUCGACAACCUUCGGCUCUCUAGAUGUCGUGGACUACAUCUCCUUUAAUGCUCUUACGUCGUAUGGCCAUACUACUGUUAAAGCAUCAGGGGAGACAUGGUCCACAACAUAUGGGGUGCCGAAGGUUGUCUACACCUCACUUGUCUAUUCUUUUACUAAGCUUCUUGCAUAGGUUAUGGUCCAGUCCUCUGCCUCCAUGCUUUUUGCAGAAAUUAGUGUACCUAUUGGCCACAUCACAGGAAGAAGCAGUGUCUCUCUUGUGCAAGUAUUUGCACAUUUAGCGCCAGCCACAUGUGAACAUGCCAUAAAAAUCAACAUGUCUCUGUGCACGAUCAUAACUUUCUUUCAAGCAACCAGUAUCAUAUUCAAAGGCAUUUGCAUAUAAACUCCAUUCAUUAAAACCAUGAAUGCAGAUAUCAGUUCACUUGAAAAUCUAUAAGGUGGUAUAAGUGAAAAACCUACACCUAUAAGUGGAGCGCUAAGAAAAUGGCAGGGUACAGUUACCCUAUACAACUUGAUAGCAAACUUGUAUAGUACAUGUGAAAAAAAUAAAAAUAGAAAAAGCAAUACAGUGCAAAUGGUAAAUCAAAAAAAAAAAAAUCAGAUAAAAUGGUGGUGAAGUGGAACACUCCCAUUUAAAGGAGCCUGUAUAUGAACGCUGGCUCUGUAAUCAGGCUUGUAUGCUUUUAAGGCAGCAUCACACCUGCUGUCCACGAUCUGAUGUAUCUCAAAGUUAAAACAUGGAGAGAAGGGAUCAAAUGUGCAGUCUGUCUCAAAUGGUAUUGAGGUGAGAAUAAGGAAAGUGCUCCCCUUAUUCAGAGUCCUGUAUCCUGGCUCUGAGGGGUAGUAGCUACAUGCCAAUAUUUGUGGGGAUAGCACUUCCCCUAAGUAGAUUCAAUAGGCUCCAGAGGACUAUUCUAAAAUAGUUUAAUUUAUUCGUACAAUGUAAACUUAUAACAUAAAAUAUUUUUUAAAAUUGAAAAUCAGUUUAGUUGCUUGCGGCCUGGGCAGCAGUUUCAUUCUUUGUUUCUCAUGCUGAACUACAUAUCCUGUAACUUGAGUUUGUUGUUGGUUUUUGUUUUUGUUUUAAAUUCCAGGCACCUUGGCACACUCGGUCACUUGCUCCUUUUUUUAAAUCCCUAAUAUGUUCUACCGCUUGUGAUUGAACACAAUUGUGUUCAAUGAGUGAGAUUCACAUCUUCACAUGUACACUAGAAGCUUUUUAUCCCUAUGCCGAAAGACUAAACUAUGUAGAAAAAUAGUCGUUUUGUUUUAAACAGGUGAUUUGUGGAGUAUUGGCAAGGGGACUCUGGUCAAAAUUGGGAGGAAAAAAAAACCACUGCAAUUUUUCUAUUUAGGAUUAAAACUUGCAAUUGCAUUGCUAAUUCUCUAUAUUUCCCCAUUUAGUAAAUAAACCCUAACGUUUGUAAUAUACCGCUUGAGUUUCCAGCCUGUUCAUAUAGUUUCUUUUGAAAUAUGAAUUUUACAUUACAGAAUAGCGUGACGCAUUGUUGGGUAAACUCAAUGACCCAGAGAACCACUGUGCAUCUUUUGUGUAUUGAGCACCAUAAAUGUACUGAUUUCUGGUUUCAAAUUCUACAAGUCUUUGUUGAUCUUGGUCGUAACCUGUGUGAAAUGUUCUAAGUUACUUAGCUGUUUAGAAUGUUGACCAUUUAAUUGUCAGAGGAUGCAACAGUGAGAAGUACUGGGGAAAACAGACGUAUCUCAUUCUUUUUUGUCUUUUUUUUUUUUUUUCUCCUCUUGCAGGGUUAUUAACACAAUGCUGGUGACGUGUGCAGUCUGCUGCUAUCUAUUGUGAGUAUAAAGCAUGUGUGUGAGCCAGCCUUCACUGCUUCAACUGUCUUCACUUUGCAUAUGUAAACCGGUCUUUCAGACUGCCCUGUCACAUGUGAUCUGUGCAUGACCCCCAAAAAUCUGUUUUAAUGUUCACCUUCUAAAACAUUGUAUAGGUAAUGUAUCCUACGUUAAGCGUACUAUUAUUCAGCUUCAGAUAUCACGAGUGUAUAAUAAGAGAUAGUCAGUGGACAAUCCUCCCAGAUCUCCAAAUGUUUUACAGCCAUACAAAUACAGAACAUUAGUCCUAGUUUUGUUUUAUUUUUGUGUGUAUGUAUGUAAAUAUGAUGUGCUUAUGUGAUAACCGGUUUAUUUCCACAGAUGAAGGUAUGUGUAAUAUAUACAGUAUUAGCUUUACCGCCCAACCAGCCAUUUCUAGACAUUCUCUAGGUGAAUAUUUAGCUAGUUGCUGCCUUACACCAGUUGGGACUGACAACACACUGUUUACUCCUAAAUAGUUCUGUCCUUUAGCUCCUAAUUGCUUUGGCCUGUUGUAGGCAUAAUAAAAAGGAAUGUACUGUGAGUAUGAAUAAUGAAUAUGUUUGAAAUGCUCUGUAGCUGUCUAGUUGAAGGAUCACACAAGGCUAAAUAUAUAAAAUUUUUAGCUUUUGACGGUUUCUGUAUUUUAGAUUUGGGGGUCCCUCUUUGAAAUAAAAACAAAUAAUUUUUAUUUAUUUAUUUAUAGCUUGCUUUCCUAUAAUCGAAUGUGAGAGUUUUUUAUAUUGCAACCAUUCUGUGUGCUUUGAGAUUAGCAGUAUUCACGGUCGUGACCCAAUCCAGUGAUUCUCUUAAAGAAGCAUUGGAACCCUGCAGUGCAUGCACAGCUCUAGUCACUCUCAAUCAGUUUAUUGUGUGAUAACACCAGAUGUGGAUUUGUUUGUUUUAUUCUUUUAUGGUCUUAAAGAGGAGCUGUUGCCUCCCAGGAUUUUUUAAAAUUUAUGGUAACUAAAUGUGUUUAUAAGGUGUAAAAAAAAAAUAAAAUAAAAAAAAAAAAUAUAGAAAUUCUACAUUUGGGAUUCUUCUCUCUACCUGUCGGUGGUCAUCAGACAUGAUCUCCCAGCUAACAGAAUGCUUCUCAUAGAGGGUUGUUUUGUACCUAUCUGACAGCCAGGAGGGUACAUAUGUGCACUUUUGUUGUUGUGGUGUGUGUGUUUUUUUUGUUUUUGUUUUUUUUUGUUUUGAUCUGUUACAAAAGAGCAUUGUGUAGUGGAGAGCUGAUAUUCCACAGGUUAUCUCCAUUUAAGAUCCCAGUGAGGCUCAGGAACAAGUAUUAUAAAUCCAUAAGGCAAUACUUCCAGUAGGCAAAACAAUCCAAUAAUAUCCCAACAUCAAUCCCAAUGACUAGAGGACACACAGCAUCAGGAGCAGAACUUUUAAUCACACAACCGUCUUUUAAAGCAUUCUCCCAUGCAAGGGAGGGAUUUACAAUAAUUACACCAUACACCAAUCACAUACGAGUUUCCACCCACACAUCCCCUCCCCUUAGUGUGACACAUAAUCCCAUUAUGCAGGACACAAAUUCCCUGGGUUUCUGGAUGUACCACUAAACAUAGGGGUACCCCUUUAAAUAUUACAUCCCCUGGUAGCCCUGAUCUGGGUAAGACACAUAUCCAAAAAUCACCCAGAUCGGACCAGAGGUUCGGGAAAUUCCUGGAGGUACUAAAAAGACCGACCGCUCUGGGGUUAACAGCCAAAAAGGGUUCCAUGUAUUUUGGCCCUGCAGUCGGUCACAGAAAAGGGACUGAAACACACGAAUGGCUUGGGUUAUGAGAGUUGGGGAGGAUUCGGGUAAAUCCCCCUAUUCGGCUUCCCCUUUUGGAGUUUUUAUACGAAUUGGCAGUAGUGUGGAGAUCUCAGCGGUGUUUGCCUAACCGAGUGUCCGAUUUGGGUUCCAGACACUCGACUGCAAAACACCGCUGUUCGGGAGUUUAAAAUGGCCGCCGCCACGUUUGUCUCCCGAAUUGCGGCCACCCAGAGAACAAAGACCACACUAUACGAAUUGCCCAUUACCCGUUUGCAACAUUGUUGCGAACGGUAAUUGGAGGCACACUUACUCCUGGGGUGGUCUGAUUGUUCAGUAGUUUCACUCGCAUAAUAACUGGAGUGAUUUUACCGAACAAUCAGACAAAUGCUGCAUACAUUUCACAUACACAUGUCACAAUUUAACCGAACACAUAGCAAUAACUGUAAUUUUUAGGACAGCCCAAUGCCAUCUGCUACACAUUGAUUCAUGGGAAGCUGUGUAGCCAGGAUAUGUUAGGAAAGAUUUUGCAAAGGGGUAUAAAUAUGUCAAAGGGUAGGAGUAACUAAUUGUAUUUGCCUACUGGUUUCCAUGGUGAACGCUACCCUGAGGUGAGUCCCUACUGAAAUUAAAGAAACAAUCCAGGCAGAAAUGUAACAUUACUUAUGGUGCAUAAUUUGGAAAGACCCCCAACUGUGACAUUAUUAUUUUAUUUAUAUAGUGCCAGCAAAUUCCGUAGCGAUAUACAAUGGGUGGACCAACAGGCACCUAAUUGUAACCAGACAAAUGGACGCACAGAAAGAGAGGGGUUGAGGGCACUGCUCAAUGAGCUUACAUGCUAGAGGGACUGGAGUAUAGUGACACAAACGGUAUAAGUAGGGGUAAUGAAAUAGGUUGCUAGAAAAGUAUUCACUGAGAACUUAGUAGGUUAUAUUUUUACAGGAGAGGAGUCAUGGGGGUGGGGGGGAUUUAAACCUGCUAACCGUUUAGAUAAUAUGCUUUCCAGAAGAAGUGUGUUUUCAAAGACUUUUUUGAAGGAGUGGAGUCUGGGUGAAAGUCUAACGGAGAAGGGAGUUCCACAGAAAAGGUUCAGCACUGGAAAAGUUUUGGAGGCGAGCAUCAGAUGUGAGAGUACGGACAGAGGAUAGACUUAGGUCUUCGGCAGAGCGCAGGGGCCUCAAUGGGACAUACUUGUGUAUUAGGGAGGAUAGGUAGGUUGGAGCAGCAUUAUGUAGGGACUUGUAAGCAAGCACCAGAAUCUUAAAUUGAGCACUGUAUCUAACUGCAAGCCAAUGUAGGGACUGACAAAGUGGGGGAAGCGUGGGAGGUGCGGGCAGACAGGAAGAUGAGCAAUGCUGCCGCAUUCAUUAUCGAUUGCAGUGGUGCAAUCUGGGAACACAUAAGACCACUGAGAAGGGAAUUGCAGUAGUCAAAGCGAGAGAGGACAGCAGCAUGGACAAGCACCUUAGCCGCAUCUGGUGUUAAAUAGGGGCGGAUGCAAGCUAUGUUUUUGAGAUGGAAGCAUCAGGAUUUGGCGAUCGACUGGACGUGAGGGGUGAAGGAGAGGUCGGAGUCAAAGAGAACACCUAGGCAACGAGCCUGCGAGGUAGAGGUGAUGUUGACUUGGAAGAAGACAGACACGGGAGUAGCAACACUUGAGAGAGGAAAGACCCAGAAGUUCUGUUUUGGAUAGGUUGUUUAAGAAAGUGAGCAGCCAUCCAGUUGGAAAUCACAGAGAGGCAGUCAGAGACAUGAGUCAAUAUGGGUGGAGAGAGGACAGGAAGAUUUGUGUCAUCUGCAUAUAAAUGAUGAUGGAAGCCAAAGGAGCUGAUGAGUUUACCAAGGGAAGCAGUAUAGAUGGAGAACAGGAGGGGACCAAGGACGGAACCUUGGUGAAUGCCAACAGAGAGGUCUUGGGAAGAAGAGCCAGAGAAAGAAACACUGAAAAAGUGUUGGGAGAGGUAGGAGGAGCACCAGGAGAGAGCAGUAUCCCGUAAAGAUUACGGAGAAUGAGAAGAAUCUGUUGAUGAUCAACAGUGUCAAAGGCAGCAGAAAGAUCAAGUAGAAUUAGGAUAAAGUAAUGGGCGUGAGAUUUAGCAGUGAUGAAAUCGUUUGAUACUUUGGUCACAGCUGUUUCAACAGAGUGAUGAGCGCGGAAUCCAGACUGAAACGGGUCAAGCGUUGGAUUCGAGAAAGUCUGUCAAUCUUGGAUGCACAACUCUCUCAAGGAUCUUGGAGGCUAACAGCAGUAGUCAUAUAGGGUGGUAGUUGGAUGAGGAGUUGGGGUCAAGGUUGGGCUUUUUCAGAAUCUGCAUUAUGGUUGCAUGCUUGAAGGGUGAGGGAAAUGUGUCGGAGGAAAGGGAGAGAUUGUCUCCCUCUCACUAAAAUUUGUGCGGAUGAGAUAUGAGGGAAUAGGAUCGAGGGAGCAGGUGGUGGGAGGACCGGAGCAGUGCAGAAACCUCUUUUGUUGUUGUUGUUGUUGUUGUUGUUGUAGUAGUAGUAGUAGUAGUAGUAGUAGUAGUAGUAGUAGUAGUAGUAGUAGUGAAUGAGUAUAGAACAGCAGAAGGAGUGGGGUUGGGCGAUGUCUUGGAAGGGGAGGGGGAGAGGUUAGAGAUCAGUGAAGUGAGUUGCAAAGUUAGAGGAGGUGGAACAGGACGAAGGAGAGCAUUAAAAGUGUUAAAUAGUAGUUUGGGUUCGUGGGACAGUGCGGUUAUGAGGGUAUUGAAGUAAUAUUUUACUUUUGCAGAGUAGAGUGUAGGAGCACAGCAUAAAUUUAUAGUAGAGGAAGUCUGAUGCAGAGUGAGCAUUUCUCCAACAGCGUUUAGCAGUUCCUGAACAUUUUGGGUCUGCUUGGUGUGCCAGGGUUGUAAUUGGGAACGCUUGCUGCAUUUAAAUGUAGGCGAUGCCGUGAUGUCUAGCUGAGAAGAGAGUGGAGUUGUAGAGUAAGGUUGCAGAGUUAGGGCAAAUGAGAUUUGAGAUGGGUAAAAGGAGUUUGGUGGAGAAUUGCUGGGGAUCAAGGUGGAGGUUUCUACAUCACUGGUGGCUGGGUAAUGUAGGGUAGUGGAAGGUGAGAUUUUGUUGCACACUUCAUAGCCACUGUAUCACUGUAAUAAUACUGUUAUUCUUUUUCGCGCUCUCCUGGCAGUAAGACAAACAUACAAACAGACUUAUAUGUAAUGCUGUCCGCUUGCCCUCCUGCAGUUCAGAUCACGGGCUAGUAGCUGAGCAGUGUGUAUAUACAGGGCUAAGGCAUUAUGUGUGUUAGAAUAGGAGUGGAUAUGGAGGCAGGCCUGUAAUGCAGAAAGCCGCAAACAUUUAUUCUAUUCUUUUGCAAAACUAUAUGGAUAUUUGAGCAUGCAGGAAAUUCAGUAUAUUAACAAGGCAAAAACCUAUCAAAUACAUUAAAGGAAUACUCAGAGCACCAUAAUCAUUGCAGAGCGCUGGCAUCAUCCCAUUGUAAGUAGUCACAUCAUUUUUAGAAUAGUUUGACUUAUCUGGGGUCUGACAGUGCACUGCUCGCUGCCUCCACUACCUCGGGCAAUGAACCAGAGAUCUGUCUGGGCUAAGCCCGGGAAAGCUAUUGGUAGCUCCUGCUUAAGAGCUUCCAGCUCUCCUGUGGAUGUAGUGCAGACAGGCAGAGCUCUGUAGUGGAUAAGGUGGCUGGAGUGUUCCUUUAAAGGGAUACUGUAAGCACCAAAAACCUUUAGCUUAAUGAAGUAGUUUUGGUGUAUAGAUCAUACCCAUGCUGUCUCACUGCUCAAUUCAAAAUCACUUUGUUUAUACAGCCCUAGUGAUCCCUGUAUAUGACUUACACAGCUAUCCUAAACACUUUCUUUGUAAAGAGAGGUAUGUUUACACGUUCAGUAUUUCAAAGUCUGUUUAAUAUAGAAUUUCUUAUCUCCUGCUCUGUCCUUUCCCGGCUAGACUUUGCUGGAGCCUUCACCGUGUGAUUAAAGUUCAUUUUACAGAGUAGGAGAUCAAAACUUCUAAAGUACGUUAACAUCUGAUUGAAAAUAAAACCAUGUUGUCAUGCAACUUGUAUGAGCCACAGCCAGGGAAGGUGUGGCUACGCCUGCAUAAACAGGAACAAGUGAUUUUUAACUCCUAAAUGGCAGAGAAUUGUGCAGUGAGACUGCAGUGGCCAUGAUCUAUACACCAAAACUGCUUCAUCAAGCUAAAGUUGUCUUGGUGCCUAUAGUGUCCCAUUAACAUUUCUAUUCGCACCUGGAGUGUCACUUUUAAUAACUGUUACUGAGGUUCUCCCUUCGUGUGAUGACUCUGCCACUGGGGACAGCUACUCCACUCACUCAUCACCUCCCACAUGCAGCAAACAAUAGAUGGCCUGUCAAAAUAGUUGGAAGCUGGACUCUUACCCAGAGCCUGCAAACCUUGUUGUUGGAGAGACUGUCUGCCCAACCACGAUCACUUGAGCACUGCAGACUGGUUGCUACAUGUAAAUUGUUGGCAGCACUGUCUAUUGGUGUUGGUUACCUUGCAGCAGUGUGCACUACAGCAAUGUUUGCAUGUUGUUGCCUUUUGCAGACAGCAUGCUCUUGGUUUCCAUGUUGCCAAUUGAAGGACCACUAAAGGCACCUGGACCACUUUAGCUCAAUGAUGUGGUCUGUGUCCAGUGGCUGUUUAGUUUAGAACCCUGUAGUCUAAAACAUUGUCAUUUAGUAGAUAUUGCAAUGUUAUGAUUUGACUUCCAGAAAGUCACUUCCCCUGUGAGAACAAAGUCUCAUUGAAUACUGCUCCCAGAGUCCAUUUGAUUGGCUGAGCUCAUCAUCUUUGAUGUUCUGCAGCAGGGAGGUGACUGCUACUGCGAUGGAGUAUAGAGAGCAGGACACCAUAGUGUUGGGAACAUAUGUUUUUAUUCCGAAUAAUGUAGUGUUCCUUUAAGAUUACUAGUAGCUAAAUGUCACCAUAUUGUGCAUCCCUUGUAGACUGUGUCAGUGGGCAGAAAGAAGCCAAGAACAGUUGAUCUCUAAAUGUCUUCCAGUGUUUGCAAUUUAUUUUUACAGGAGUACUUUUUGUAUAUACCCAAAUUGGUGUAGUUGGGAUGAUCCUUAUCUUCAUUCCAGUCUUUAAAAAAAAAAAAAAGCAAAUCACCAGAUCCGCUUUCAAGUAUAUGGUUUUUGGGACAGCAUUAUAUAACCUUCUUUCCAGCAGAUCUGCAGUCACAAGCUUGCUCGGUUGUUUUUUUUCCUUCUUCUUCUUCUAUAAAACCUGCAAUGCAACAAAACAAGAAAGGAAAAUGCUGCGUAUGACCCUCCUGAGAAUGCUAGUGUUUACAAUCUUUGAUUCUUUUAAAUCCUGUUCUAUAGAAGCCGUCUCUUUAAAGAAAAAAACCUUACAGAAUGCAUUGGUUAAUAAUUUUUUUUUAUAAAUUUAGCAUUUCAUACUUCAUUGUUGUUUAAAGGCAUUCAUUCAACAGAAUUGUUAUAUUGGAGGCAGUCAUGUGUUGUAGACAAACAUAAUUGCUUCGUAUCUGAUGGAGUAAUUGAUAGCUGUCAUCACUUAUUUAACACUGCAUUAAGGAAUGCCUCCCAUGAUGUGUCAGAAGUGAAGUAGUCUAGAACAGCUCUGUCAUACGUAUGGCUCACACAGCCUGGUCUUCUUGGAUGAGAGUUGGUAAGUAGGGUUGAAUUUUGGAGGUGAGGAUUUUUGUGAAUAAUUUCAGGUCACAGUUAAGGAUUUAAGUCCUUGCCCUCGUUAGGUAUGACAUUUUAGAUUGGGAUGGGAUAUUGAUCACCAGCGUCUGGGCAGGGAUUAUUGUCUUUUGUUGUAAACGCCUGUGUGCUAGGAUUUUAUCUGCUUUAUUUUUUUUUCUCAAUACUCUUUGUUUUGUCCGUUGGAGUGCUUUUGCUGCGUCAGCUGCCAUCAUGGACUUAAGGGCUUGUUGAGGUGUUAAGAUUUGACUAGAUUUUGGGUUGGAUUGAGUUUGUGCAUAGUUCCUAGGCCACGUAUAGUCAUUAUGAAAGAUUCCAAGUCGGACAGUCGCUGAUUUAAUUUAAUUUUUAUUUUAUUUUUGUAGGCAGAAGCUAUGUUUAUAAAUUUGCACCUAAGGACAGUUUUAGGUGCAUCCUAAAAAAUUGCGGGAAUGUUACUGAGUCUUGAUUAAGGGAAAAAUAUUCAGUGAGUUCUAUCCUUAUCUCUGUAGUCGUUUGUGGUACAUGUAAGGGGAUGGGAUUGAGGUGUCAAGAUAAUGACCUGGAGAUUUGUGGAAGUUUUAGGGUGAUAGAAAUCAGUGUUGUCUGACCAGGAAAUGUUACCAAUUGAUGAUGUUAAUAAGCAACGAUCCUGGAGUAUGAUUGGUAUGGCAAAAACUGGCCAUUAUUGGGUGUUGUAGUGUCUAAAUACCUAAUGGGAUUGGACUGUGAAUGAUGUGAAGAGUUUGUUUGAUCUGGCUGUCAGUAGUGAAGUCAGAGACGUCUGUCGUGUCCUACGUCUGUCAGUUGUGGGUGAAAAGACAGCAUUAAAGUUGCCUCUGACAUCCUGGUAAUGGGUCAGGAAUAAAGCAAGAUGUGUCUGUAAGGCUUGUCAAAAGUGUGGGUCUGCUAUCAUGGGGGCAUAGACUAACGUGAAUGCGUAUUUGGACGGACAGGUGUGAGGUUUCUUCCAUGGGGGUCUGAUACUGUUGAUCUGAGAUCAAAGGGGCAUAAUUUUUGUGUGUAUAUGUAAUGUGUGUGUGUGUGUGUGUGUGUGUGUGUGUGUGUAUAUUAUGCCUGCUUUUGUACGAUGGGUCAUCUCAAAAGUUGGUGGUGUUUUGACGGAUUGACGCCCUUGCAAUUUAUGGAAAUGCAUGUCUGUGAGGAUUUCAGUUUGGGGAGCCAAGUACUGGAGGGGAAAUGGGGUAUAUCAAGGGUGACACUCCUGAAGGUAAGGAAAGUGUUUGAGAACACAUUGGUGGGUAGAUGACUGAGCAGUAGGAAAAGACCAGGAUUUACAUCAAAUGCUAGGCAAUGGAAGUAUGGGGGUGAGGAGAGCACCGAGGUACACCUAAGAUGCCAGUGGAUUUAUUGGUAUAGUGCUUGCCAUGGAACAGAUAUUUCGAUUAAAAUGAUUCACCACUUUCUGGAUGGUACUUCAAAUUCCAAUUGAUCUGUGCCAAUUACAUUUUUUGGCAUAGGUCUUGGGGGGUUGUUCUUUGCUAAUAUUAUAAGUCUGUGUGCUCCUUAUUACUUGAUGCAUGUUUCAGAAUACUUUGUCAGAGCUCAAAAUUUCAAGUAAUACUCUACUAGGUAGAUUUGGAGGGUCCAUAGCACACUCAUCAGAAGUGAAUUUCUGCUCGCCAGCUUUGAAUUUUUAAUUUGACAAUGGCUAGUGGGCAAGUGAAAAUUUAGAGCCCUGUAUAAAUUAUGUUAAUACAAUAAGAAUAUAGAUUUUUCAUUAUUCUUUGCUUGAAUUAAAGGACCACUAUAGACACCCAGACCACUUCAGCUUAAUGAAGUGGUCUGGGUGCCAGGUCCAUCUAUGAUUAACCCGGCUGGUGUAAACAUAGCUGUUUCAGAGAAACUGCUAUGUUUACAUAUGGGUUAAUCCAGCCUCUAGUGGCUGUCUCAUUGACAGCCGCUAGAGGCGCUUCCGUGGUUCUCUGUGAUUUUCACAGUGAGAAGACGCCAGCGUCCAUAGGAAAGCAUUGCGAAUGCUUUCCUAUGGACUGACUGCACGCGCGGCUCUUGCGCGCAUGCACAUUCAGCCAAAGAGGGAGGAGAGUGCCUGGCGCUGGAGAAAGGUAAGUGUUUAACGCCUUCCUCCAACUCCAGCCCGGCGGGAGGAGGGCCAUGAGGGUGGGGGCACCUUCAGGGCACUAUAGUGGUACUUUAACUCACGAUAUGUCUAAACAUCAAAUAGUAGUGAAUUGCAAACAGAUUUGCAUAAUUUUAUGUAAAAAAAAAAUAGAUAACUGUAAUUGAAACUGUCCAAAAUCUGCAUUUUUGCCUAAAUGUUGUAGUUUGUAUAAAAAUUCACUGCAAUUUGGUGUUUAGUGAAUAAGCUCCAUCCAUUAUUUGCCCCAGUCUUUAUUCGUGACAAUAAACCAAUUCAACCAAUGAGUGAAUUUACCUUUUUGGUACAUGUUUUUGGGGUAUAUUAUAUUUGUCCCUCUCUUUGAAUGACAAUAUCCCACAGAUUAUGUGUAGCUGUGAACAUAGCAUGAUUAAGUUUUGUAACAAACGUACAUGUUUUCCUUUAGCCACUUUGUUCCUUUUUCUUGCAGUUGGCUGAUUGCCAUAUUGUCACAGGUGAAUCCACUUUUUGGCCCUCAGCUAACUCCUGACAUCAUCUUUUACCUGAAAUACCACUGGCCUUAAACUAUCUCCAUAUUGAUCACUACCCUGCUGCGUGAUUUCCAGGUAGGUGUGUGUGUGUGUGUAUGUAUAUAUAUUUUAUUUAUUAUUUUCCAUUCAGAUUAGAGGCAGUGCUUUACAACUGGGAUUUCAUCACCUGGAGGGGAAAAAACAGGCAGGCAAUCUCCCAAACUUUUCAAGAACCUCCCCCAAUUAACCUUUGGCCUUAUAAAUUGCUUCAUACCCAAGACAUCCCCCAGUUCUUUGCCUGCCUCUGGCAGAGGGUGUCACGUUCAAGUUUUCUCCCUAGAAGUAUGGUGAGGGGGCUGAGGCUCUGGAGGCUCUACUUCCUUUAAAUUCAUUUUUCAGAGAUCAGCCAGGGAUAACUCACCAGACGGCUGUAUCUCCCCGGGUUAUAUUACUUCUGUCUAUACCGAACCAGGUGCCGGGCAGACGAUGGUGCGCAUUUGGGUACUAGCUGGGAAGUCCUGGCGGUGGAACACUCAUACAGGUUACGUUUAUUUCCACCGUGGAAUCGCGAAAUGCAGGACAUGCGUAAUGCGACUUAAAAUUCAGACGCCAAUAUCUUUAUUAUUUUUCUCUCUGGGGUCAAGAUAUUGGUUUCCAGGACUUACAGAGGCUGUUUACCCAGCAGCAACUAACUGUUGCCAGGUGCACUCAGAAUCUGUUGCAAGUGUGUUCUCACCAACUCUGAGGACAUUUAAGGUAAUCCUUUUUGCUUUAUCUUAAAUGACUCUAGCCUGAAUAAGUUAAUUAUCUGUGCUGCAAGAUGGAUAAGCUAAAAAAAGCGAAAAUGUUUCUAAGUUGGAGAGUUUUUAACUUCUCAUCACUUAAAGAUUAUUACUAAUUUUGGUUAAGUUAAUAUACUGUUGUAGCAGAUGGAUUCUUUAAAUGCCAGGAUCCUAGCCGCAGUGUUUAUUUUCUUAAACAUGCAGUAGGCUUUUAGCAAUUGCUGUAGACAAAGUUCUGUUGCAAUUAGCAUUCUCACCACCUCAACUAGUUUCACCUGAUAUCCGUUUCUAAAAAGGCAGUCUGUUUUUCAGCUGGGGCAGAACUUUUCAUGUGCUUCACUCCAUGGUUGCACAUUUUAUUUUUUAUCUUGAAUUCCAAGUCUUUUGUUGUCAGAUAGGUUUGACCUAACUGACUGUUGGUUCCUGCAGAGUCUGCAUCAAACAGGUUUUGAAAUGCAGUUGCAGAUAUUCUGUCUGCUCUAGCCUCUGUUUCCCAAAUACGGCUAAGGAAAGCCUUUAUCAUGUAAGGCUGUUGGUUGGAAUUGCAAUUUUAAAGAAUUACUUCUAAUAUUCCGGCAGAGUUUGACUCAAACAGGUUUUGAAAUGCAGUUGUAGCUAUUCUGUCUGCUCUAUCCUCUGCUUUCUUGGGAAUUCCAGUCUAACCUAUAGUUUCCUCCUGGUUCCCUAUUCCCCAAGAUCCUAUAGGAUGGAAAAGGUGAGAAUGAUAGUCUUCUUCCCUUGGUGUCAAGUAGCUGUUUCACCGUUCAUCAAAAAUUAUCCGGAGGAAUCUUUGGGGACCUUAGCUGUAAAUAGGCAUCCUGGAAUUCUCAAGGGUACCGCUUCUCAAAUUUGGUGUAAUUCAAUUAGAGGCAGUGCUCACUUUUGUAAUUUCUGGGGAUGUCUUGGGUAGAAAGCAAUUUUUAAGGCCAAAGGUUAAUAGGGGGAGGUUCUUGAAAAGUUUGGGAGAUUGCCUGCCUGUUUUUUCCCUCCAGGUGAUGAAAUCCCAGUUGUAAAGCACGGCCUCUAACCUUCUGGAAAAAGACAUUUACGGUAAGUAAAAAAUCUUUAUAUUUUUUUUUUUUUUUUUGUCUACACUCUUACGAACCAUAUAUUCUGCUUAUUUCCUCUCCAGCUUUAGUCUUUUAAUGAUCCUCUAGAGACAGAGCGUGGAUGAACCCAGUGAAAUAUCAGUGUUCUUUUGGUUCCAUUUAAAGCUACCGUGCAGAUUUCAGAGCCGUGAAGCAAUGUAGAUCUGCAUACCAGCAAUUUACUGAAAUGCUUUCCUACUUUCAGCUGUGAUUGCUGGCACACCUUUGUAUACUUUUUUUUUUUGUGGUACAGAAUGGAGGCCUGGUAUAUCUGGGAAAUGGUGAUUGUCACAAUGCAUUAGCAGUAAUCAGAAGGCUGUGAAAACCAAUUUCUCUCUAAUCUGUGACGCAUGCGUGUGUGGAAUUUUUUGUUUUUCCCCUUUUGAGACAUUAGCUGGCUUUUUUCUUUCUGUCACAUUAAGGUCUACGUGUCCAUUUCACAAUCAACUAUUCCAGGGAUAAUCUAUAUUUGAAUGAAAUCACAUAAUCAGAAGCUAGCAUGGUAGUAGAUGUUCAUUCAUAUUGUAAAGUUAAAUGAUUUACACUCCAACCCUGUUUGAAAUGUUUGUCUAAUCUUGCCCAUAUUCUAGGUCAGGGGUAGGCAACCUUUUAGCAGCACUGUGCCGAUAUAGGAUUGUGAUAUGCCGGUCCUAUUUUUUAUUUAUUUUUUAAAUUGAAGUGUGUAUACUGCCGGAUUCUGCUUGUGUUAUUUUUACUGUAAUUGCUUUGUAUCUUUGUAUUUGUGCGUACAUGAGCUAUUAUAUUGUAUAUGUUCAUGAGUAGUUUAUGGUAUCGUGUAUGAUACAUAUGAAUGUGGGCUGUGUAUGGUGGCUGCUUGUGGAAUUGUGUGUGUGUGUGUGUGUGUGUGUGUGUGUGUGGAUAUUGUGUGUUUGGUAGUGUGUAUGUGUGGGGGAUGUUUGGGGUAUUGCAUGUGAGAGGCUGCAUGUGGGGUUGUGUGCAUGUAUGUGGAUUGUUAGUGGUGUUGCGUUUAAGCGGAUUGUGUGUGGGCUGUCCGUAUUAUUUGUAUGAGGGGAGGGUUAUUCUGCAGGUCUGUGUAUAUCUAGCAGUGUGGGUGGCUUCCCUGGGUUCCAGUGGAGACCAGGCUGGCCAGAUACAGGUCAAGGACCGGAGCUGCAACUGCGAGCUGCUCUACUACUGUGUGGAUUCGCAUUCACAAGUGCUGGAAUGAAGUGCUCUGAGAUCACUUCCUCUAUGUGCUGCAAUGCAUAAAUUGAGGAUUGUCCUUUACCACCUCUUCGUAUUAGCAGAUAUCUGAAGUUUUACUGGAACUCCUGAUAGGCCAGAGCCUGUUUGGUUGUAGCAGCCUUCAGUGCCGUGCAAAGACCCCCCGUGUGCCUUGCAUGGCACUAGUGCCGUAGGUUGCCUACCCCUGUUCUAGGUGCUUGCUGAGCUUCAUGGGAAAUUUAGCCUGUAGUGCAAAUGUCAUUACUUGUAUGUGAUAUCACUAAUCAUUGAUUUGUAAAAACUCCAAAAAUGUCUGUUUUUUGUUUUUCAGGUGCACAAGAAAACAAAUCCUUGCCUUAAUCACUUUGUUCCUGUAUCAAAGAAAUCCCAAAUUGCCUUAAUAUUUGUAUUAUGUGAAUUAUUUCAGCUAUCGCAUUCCUUCUACAGGAGCAAAAUGUUUGCUCACAUUGGAAGCUCUUAUUUAUCUUAACUCUGCACUGGCCAGGAGUUCUGUUUUAUUAGGCUUUUUUAUGACAUGCCAAUACGCUGAAUGCACAAAUCAUUUGUAUCUGUCAAAGUUUAUUCCUGGACACACAUAAUGCACCCAUCAGGGCAUGGAUUUGAGUUUUCCUUGCUUGUUUUAUUUUCUUUGUUUCAAAUAAUUUCAAACAGAAAGUCUGUAUUGAUAUCCUGUUAUUUUAAAAAGGUGUUUCAGGAUAAAACACAUAAAGAGGAAUCAACCGUUUUAAACAUUGUUGGAUGCUGUAGUUAUGACACAUUGAGUCCUAUCUGUUUCUUAGCCCUUCCUAUUUAUUUUAAAGUUUGGAAAUAGUUGUUUUUUUGUUUGUUUUUUAAUUUUUUUUUUUUUUUUUUUGUCCCUUCAUUCUUUACCCUAAUUUUUUUUUGGGGGGGAAACUACACAUUCCAUUCAACUGCCUUCUCUCCAUUGCCCCUUUCUAUUUUCUGUGUGUGCCUCUUUAAUCCAAUUCAAAGAAUGUUUGUUUUAUUUUUGUGAGAAUAAAAGGCAGUUAUGUAUAAUAUUAGACGCUUUGUACUUGAACACUUGUGCUAUUUAAAUGCUCAUGUCUGGGUUUCUGCUAGAUUCCAAAAUGUCGGGUUGUUUUGUUUAUUAGGGGGGAAGGGAACGAUAAAUGAUUUUUCCAGGAGGCAAAAUCAAUUCAGCUAAUUUUAUUUCUAACCAAUGUUUGUACUUUAAAUAACCGCUUAUAAUGGCACCUUUUCAUUGAAAGUUUUAAUGGGUCCCCUGAUGCAGAGCUGGGAGAGUGAAAUCAGAGUUCAUUUACUCAACUCUUAAAUCGACUUACUUAUUGGUACCUUAUUGUUAAAAAAGUAAAAUGUCCCUUUUUAGGCACAUAUAAAAGCUAGCGAAAAUUGACAUGGAUUCUCCCCAUCUUCCUAAUUUCCUCUGGCUUUCUGUUAUUUAUCCUAAAUUUGAGUGACCGCUGACCUAAAUUUAGUUCGGUCAUUCCUGUGUCGAUAUAUCCUCAUUUGGUUAAAAGUGCAAUUAUCUAUACCAGUGGUGGCCAAGGUAGAUCCUGAGAUGUAGAACUACAACUCCCAAGAUGCUUUGCAUGCCUUUAGAAUGACAAAGCAUCGUGGAAGUUGUAGUUUUAAAACAUCUGGGGAUCUGCCUUUUGUGCACCCCUGAACUAUACUGUAGGGCUAGGGGCAGGUAUCAAAUUUACACAUUUAGAGCAUGUGGUACUUAUAUAGCCAAGUUGAAAAUGUAUUAAAGACUAUGUAUGUCUGUUUAAUAUGUUUUCAAAUUAGUGUUAUUCUCUCAGAACAGUGGGAAGGAGCUGUGAUUCUUCCCAAAAUGUUUUAAAUUUUUUUUUUUUUUUUUAUUGGUACUGACGAGGAUUUAUUUAAUUUUUUUUUUACUAACGUUAAAGGUGCAGAUACAAUCUUGCUGUCUGGUAAAAACUUAUCAAGAAUACUGUUCUUGAACCCAAAGCAAGAUAGACUGAUGGUAAACCUUUUUUCCUACGCUGGUUAAAACGGCACUGUCAUGCCCAACUUACCUUUCUUCAAUCGAUUCCUCUUCUCUCCCUCUGUCAGGAUCUGUUCAUUUCUUCCUGUCUGCUCUAGUUUUCUUUAAAACAUAAGACAAAGUAUGGACUAUUUUGUCCUUUUGGAGGUUUCAUAUGCAUGACCAGCGGAGGAGCAAAGUGUGUUUAAUUUCCAGUGGUCAGAGAAAUUUCCCCACAAUUCUCACCUUUCUUCUGCGAUCUCGCGAAGCCUCCUUUCACAUUUCCCGAACGUCCUGUCAUUUUAGACAGAAUGCAGGCGAAACUACCGGAUUGCAUCCUAACAGAUUGAGAACAGUUUCUACAUUUGUGUUAGGAUGCAAUUCGUGACUUUGGAUCGGAAUUUAAUUCUAAUAAAUGAAACUCUGAUCCCACCCCUGAGUGGCUGGUGGGGGACCUAAAUAAUAAGGGGGACCUUUGUCCUCCCCGCCCCUACACCUGAGUGGCGGGUUGGGGCCCUAAAUUACAAUAUUGGGAGGGACAGUAAAAAUAGCUAAAAAAGUAAUCCAUCUUCACCCAUGGAGGGAAUGGCGCAGACUGAGCUCCGCAGGACCUUGAAAGGCUUAUAAAGCUUUUCCACGCCCUGCAAUUAGGCUCACAGCACUCUGAUUGGUUUGUUUAAGCCAACCAAUCAGAGUGCUCUGACAAGCAAUCUACAUUUACCUGUCACAGCACUCAGAGUGCUCGGUUUAAUUUUACACCGCGUGUAAUUUGACUCAUAACAAUACUAUGGUAGCUUUCAAUCAAUUCAAUCAGAGUUAUUAAAGGGAGGCGGGGGGGGACACCUAUUGUUCUCACCCCUGAGAGGUGGGUGGGGGCCCUAAAUUAUAAUAAGAGGGGACCUAUUGUUGCUCUGGGGUUGGGGCUGUGGGGAGGAUAAUAGGUCCCCCACCCACCGAGAGGACAAAAGGUCCCCCCUCCUUAUUGUUAUUUAGGGCCCCCACCCACUGCUUAGGGGUGGGAGGACAAUAGGUUUAGCUGAGUGAAGAUUAAGCAUAUAUGAAGUUAUGUGUAUCAGGCACAUCAGAUUUCUUAAAGUGACACUUUGCAGCAUAUACGGUGUGUGUGUGUGUUGGUGGUGAAAUUAAAAAAGGGAUGUGUAGAAGUGCAUUAUGGGUAUUUUUCUCUGCCGUGUGAUGCUUUGAACAUCCUUGGUAAGCAAAAGGCUAGCAGCCAGGAAGUUGGGAAAAGUUGACCAUUCAACAUAUAAAAAUGUUUGAGGGAGAUGUGGGGUAAGUUAAGAAUGGUGGAAAGAAUUAAAAAAACAAAAUACAAAAACAGUUUAUUAAAAUGUGAAUUCUCAUGAAUCACAAGUAAAGUUCAAAUUGUAAUGGCAAAAUGGAAACAUUCUCCAAUUUAGCAAUGUUGGCCUAUCCCUUUCAAUUACCAAUUUAGUGAAUAUGCCUUAAGCGUUGUACGCAAGAAAAAAAGGGUAAAGAAAAUAGGUGAGCCAGGAUAAAAGCUUGUUUUAGCACAGUCAUUCAGUGUACUACUGGGCACAUGUACAGUGACUACCAACCCCCCUUACAUUGUGCAGCAGGUACUUGACAUGAUGACCUCACACAUCAGCGACCCUCCAGAUAUGGGGCGAAGUAUUUAUCUCUGGGCAUGUUGCCUGUACCCUCCACAGAUUAAGUACCCACACCAUCUAAAUCUGCUGUGGGAUACAUAUCCAUAUUGUGGAAUAUUCUAUAAUCUGAAAGAAUUAGCAGCUGCAAUCUUUAAAAUAACACCUACCAUACAAUUUUGUUUAGUAUGUAUUUUGUAUUAAUUUUAUAUAUCCCACCUGUAUACCAACAUUGUAAUAUUAGAUCACUGCAGCAAGCAGAUGACCACAACAGACAAUUACAUCUCUACUCUAUUCUUCUCCAUACUGCCAGUCGGUGAAACCAGUUUGGCUGGUCUAAGCUCUCAUUACCUUCCGUUCUUGUGAAAUGCAUGUAAACAACAAAGUCCAAUCGCACAAGAUGACUCUUGUUUUGUAGAUCGGUGAAUGUUUUUAUAAUUCAAUAGUCCUUUUGUGAUCUGCAAUUCUUCUUUCCUCAUUCGCUUGAUAGCAAUGCCGCUUGAUAGUGCAUUGUCUUGGUCAGAGACUGUAAUAAUUAAGGUUUUUUUUUUUCUUUUAAAAAUUGUUUUUAUUGUGUAGUUAUAAGUAUUAGGGUGAAUGGAGAUUUGCUGAAUUUAAAGUGGUACUCUACUACAGGCACGAUGAAAAAUUCAUAAACUAUGCUGUUGCCCACUGUGCCCCAGGAAGAGCUGUGGGUAGCUAUCAAAUGUAUUAGUGCAUAGCCAACUUCUGAUUGAAAAUUCAUUUUAACUGAAUAUCAUUUAUAUGACAAUUGAAGACUGGGUCACAUGCUGUAGGGUACCUAGUUAAUAGUGCACAAAAGGGCACAGUAACUAAAAAAAAAAAAAAAAAGUGAAAAUGCUUAUAGUUAGCCUGUUUUGGUGUGCAGAGACUAAUUUUAAUUGAAAAUACUUCCCUAAGUGAUUUGGAUAAUAUACUAAAUCAGCUUCAUAAUGAGAUUUCCCCCACCCCCUACUCUCAUAGAAAACCUAAACAUUUAGGUGAACAAAAUAGAAACAAAAACAAAAUGAGAAUGGACAAAAGCUUAGAUGAACGCAGUGGCUUGCCCUUCGGUAAUACCCCGCUCAGGUCUCAAAAUAGUUUUUUCUCAAUUGUGCCAUUACAGAGAAGAACCAGUUCAAAGGCACAUCACACUGAUCCCAUCCACCAGUGCAUUCCAGAACCAAACUACCAGCAAGUUCUCUCUGCUAGAGAGACACAUCAACCCCAGACGAUCGUUUCGGCAUUCUUUGAGGUGUAGCGGUUACCCUUUUAAGCACACUGAGCAAGGGGGUCCACGUCUGGAUUACCCUUUUAAUGCGGGUAGAGCCAAGUCAAUGCAUUGCAACAAAUACAGAAAAUAUGAGAGAGCCUGGAGUAUGUGAAUCUCGGUGCGCAGAAAAGUAUUUCUUCUUUUGUUAUCAUCUAUAAUUUUAUUUAAACUGCUUACAUGACAACAUAUGUCAUGUGACCAGUAAUGUGCACAAUGGUACCCGUCGCAUAUAAAACCAACCUUUUUGAAAUGUUCAUUAGGGAACUGAAGCAAAUAAAACCUUAACAAUAAAAGGUUUAUUAUUAAAAAUUAAAUGUGUGCCCUAUUUUAUAACAGCUUGCGUGACUUAUUUUGCUGUGCAUAGAGUUUAUCAAAAGUAAUUACCUUUCUUUUAGCAAACCAUAGUUUGCCAUAUACCAUGCUUGUUUUAUUUAUUUUUUUUAUGUGUAACAUGCUGGGAUAGUAGAACUACCGUCUGUCAAAUUUCAGAAGGAAUUUUAACCCUAGCAUUGAGAAAAAGUCAAAAUAAAUUGAUUGGCAGUACUAAUCAGAAUAUCCAGACCAGUACAAUUAAAAUACAGAAUAUUAGAUUGAUUUAAUCCAAGAAAAUACAUCAUCUAAAAAAAAAACUAGAUCUAUAAAUGACUUUAUACCUAUUACUUUUCAAAAAAUAAAUCACAAUGGUUUUUCAUUUACUAAUGUUAGUAAAAAUCUUGCCUGUAGUGAUAUAAGGUAUUGGGAGCAAUCUUGUGACAUUUUAUUGUCAUAGCAACACGAUAAGCCACUUUACAUUGUGCUAUUUUUUUGUACGUUAGCUAUAAAGAGCAAAUGUUUUUUUCUUACCUCCUUAUAUUUACUUACAGUAUUUUAGGUUACAUAUACAUACUUCAGGUUUUGAAACCACUUAUGUCUGAUCUACUACAGCACUACCCACCUCUGAUACAAGGGGCGGGUUGUUCUGGAACAUUUUAGAUGGCCUUAUAACAAUUUAUGCAACUAAAAUGUAAAUUCAAACUAGCACAACAUAUCUUAUUUAAUCAGACUGAUUUCUAAACGCAUUUAUUGUCGUUUAAAGACACAGGCAUAUUGCUAUGGAGCUCUGUGAUACACUCAGACACACGAACAAUAUGGAGCUCCAAGAAAUUAGAAACUUUAGGCUGGAAAAGAGGGAUUUGGACCCAAAAUAGGGACACUUGACAGGUAUACAGAAGUGAGCUUCUAAAAUACAUAUCAGUGCUAUUAUUGUCUGGAAUGAUCAUUAUUUACAUAGCCACCUGUUAAUCUUACCUAUCUUUAUGUCAGGCACGUAAAACUUUGGCCCCCAGAUGUUGUGGAACAACAAAUCUCUUGAAUCGCUCUCCAUGUAUUGCAUUCAAUGAAUUAGUAGAAAUUCAAUAUAUGGGGAGGGGAUCAAAGCUUCAGAUCCUAUCCCAAUGGGACCAAGGCACACUCAUUUAAUAUAAAAUGUAUGAAUAUUUUUUUAUUGAAAAAGACACGAACCCUUCAGUUUUUAACAAUAUCUAACCAUGCCUGAGAGUGACUUUAUUUUGUGGCUCUAUAAAUAGUUAAAAAAUAUACAAGUAAUACUCGAAAAUUUGAAUAUCGUGCAAAAGUUCAUUUAUUUCAGUAAUGCAAGGUAAAAGGGGAAACUAAUAUAUGAGACGCAUUCUAUGCAAAGCAAGAUAGUUUAGAUUUGUCAUAAAUGCGAUGAUUAGGGGUUAGAGCUCAUGAAAACCCCAAAUCCACAAUCUCAGUAAAUUAGAAUAUUGUGAAAAGGUGCAAUAUUCUAGGCUCACAGUGUCCCACUCUAAUCCGCUAAGUAAGCCAUAACACCUGCAAAGGGUUUCUGAGCCCUUAAAUGGUCUCUCAGUCUGGUUCAGCAGGAAUCACAAUCAGGUGGAAGACUGCUGACCUGACAGUUGUGCAGAAAACCAUCGUUGACACACUCCAUAACGAGGGAACGCCUCAAAAGGUAAUUGCAAAGGAAGUUGGAUGUUCCCAAAGUGCUGUAUCAAAGCGCAUUCAUAGAAAGUUAUGUGGAAGGGAAAAGUGUGGAAGAAAAAUGUGCACAAGCAGCAGGGAUGACCGCAGCCUGGAGAGGAUUGUCAGGAAAAGACCAUUCAAAAGUGUUGGGGACUUUCACAAGGAGUGGACUGAAGCUGGAUUCAGUGCAUCAAGAGCCAUCACACACAGACUGAUUCUGGACAUGGGCUUCAGAUGUCGUAUUCCUCUUGUCAAGCCGCUCCUGAACAACAAACGUCACAGGCGUCUUACCUGGGCUAAAGAAAAACAGACCUGGUCUGUUGCUCAGUGGUCCAAAGUCCUCUUUUCUGAUGAGAGCAACUUUUGCAUCUCAUUUGGAAACCAAGGACCCAGAGGCUGGAGGAAGAAUGGAGAGGCACACGGAUGCUUGAAGUCCAGUGUGAAGUUUUCACAGUCUGUGUUGAUUUGGGGAGCCAUGUCAUCUGCUGGUGUUGGUCCUCUGUGCUUCAUUAAGUAGAGAGUCAACACAGCUGUCUACCAGGAGAUUUUGGAGCACUUCAUGCUUCCUUCCGCAGACGAGCUUUAUGGGAUGCUGACUUCAUUUUCCAGCAGGACUUGGCACCUGCCCACACUGCCAAAAGCACCGAAGCCUGGUUCAAUGACCGUGGGAUUACUGUGUUUGAUUGGCCAGCAAACUUGCUGAUCUGAACCCCAUAGUGAAUCUAUGGGGCAUUGCCAAAAGAAAGAUGGGCAACAUGAGACUGAACAAUGCAGAAGAGCUGAAGGCCGCUAUUGAAGCAUCCUGGUCUUCCAUAACACCUCAGCAGAGCCACAGGUUAAUAGCUUCCAUGCCACGCCGCAUUGAGGCAGUAAUUGCUGCAAAAAGGGGCCCAAACCAAGUACUGAGUCCUUAUGCAUGCUUCUACUAUUCAGAGGUCCAAUAUUGUUCUAUGUACACUCCUUGUUUUAUUGAUUGCAUGUAAUAUUCUAAUUUACUGAGAUUGUGGAUUUGGGGUUUUCAUGAGCUGUAAGCCAUAAUCAUCGCACUUAUGACAAAUCACGGCUUGAACUAUCUUCCUUUGCAUGUAAUGCGUCUAUCUCAUGUAUUAGUUUCCCCUUUUACGUUGCAUUACUGAAAUAAAUGAACUUUUGCACAAUAUUCAAAUUUUUCCAGUAUCACCUGUGUGUGUGUGUGUGUGUGUGUGUGUAUAUGUGUAUAUAUAUAUAUAUAUAUAUUAUAAUAGUGAUGAGUAGGUGAUCUCUGUGAGACAUGACUUUGCACAGGGCAUUUCCAGUGUAAGACUGACCCUGCCUACAGAGCCACCUGCGUCAAAUCUGCACACAUGCACAUUAAAAAAAACACAAAUGCACUCACAAACACAAAACGAGUUACAGACACUCAUUCAGGUACAAAUCAGCACCUUUAGCAACACUCACAGACAUUCAGAUUUACAGACACACACACACACACACACACACACUUACAAACUGUCCCAGACACUUCAUAAACACAAACACUGCACAAAUUGCAGAUAAAAUAAACAUACAAUAUUGUGUUGCUUUCAUGGUUUUGCUGGCUUGGCUGGGAAGAGAAUGUCACUCACCUGCUAGACCAUCCCACUGAUGACAAAAUGGGCCGUACCUUUCUUUUUAAAGCUGCUAGGAUCAGCUGCAGCUUCAAGCAAUGUGGCAGAGAGAGCAAGCUGAGAAUUCAGACCGCCUCUUCAUAAAUUCCACUGAUCAGGCUAAACACUGGCAAAACUAACUGUGCAAUGCUGUGCUGCUCUAGCCAGCCGCUUUUGUCUCCUGUCUCCUCUCUCCCUGCUCCAAACUACCACUCCAGCACAUUAAUAAGGGGGGCAGGGACUUAAAGGAACACUCCAAGCAUUAUAACCACUAUAACUCAGUGUAGUACUUAUGGUAUCCUGCCAUCCUCCCAGAGUAAAUUGUCAAACAUUGUUAGAAUGUUUUGACAGCUUACCUGGACCUCUGUUCGAGAAGCCAGGUGUUUUCAUAGAGUUCAAGCAUGGCAAAUAUUGGACUGCACUCAUUGGCUGAGAGUGUUUAGCUGACCCGUUGUUCUAACACAGCAUGACCAGCAUAGCCCUGUGGCACUAACACGAUUCUUCUGCAAGGAGAAUCUGGAAGAGGGCUGUCGGUGCAGGCACCUCGCGGAACCCAUGUAAGUUGUCAAAUCAAGGAGAAUCUGGAAGCAGGGGCUGUUGGUACGGGCACCUGGCGAAACCCAUGUAAGUUGUCAAAUCAAGGAGAAUCUGGAAGCAGGAGCUGUUGGUGCGGGCACCUGGCGGAACCCAUGUAAGUUGUCAAAUCAAGGAGAAUCUGGAAGCAGGGGCUGUCGGUGCGGCCACCUGGCGGAACCCAUGUAAGUUGUCAAAUCAAGGAGAAUCUUGA